ACCAUGGGAUGUACUCUGAGCGCAGAGGAGAGAGCCGCCCUCGAGCGGAGCAAGGCGAUUGAGAAAAACCUCAAAGAGGAUGGCAUCAGCGCUGCCAAAGACGUGAAAUUACUCCUGCUGGGGGCUGGAGAAUCGGGGAAAAGCACCAUUGUGAAGCAGAUGAAGAUCAUCCAUGAAGAUGGCUUCUCUGGGGAAGACGUGAAACAGUACAAGCCUGUUGUCUACAGCAACACCAUCCAGUCUCUGGCGGCCAUCGUCCGGGCCAUGGACACUUUGGGCAUCGAAUAUGGUGACAAGGAGAGAAAGGCCGAUGCCAAGAUGGUGUGCGACGUGGUGAGUCGGAUGGAAGACACCGAGCCCUUCUCUGCAGAACUGCUCUCCGCCAUGAUGCGACUCUGGGGCGACUCAGGGAUCCAGGAGUGCUUCAACCGGUCUCGGGAAUAUCAGCUCAAUGAUUCUGCCAAAUACUACUUGGACAGCCUGGACCGGAUUGGGGCCGCCGACUACCAGCCCACCGAGCAGGACAUCCUCCGAACCAGGGUCAAAACCACUGGCAUCGUGGAGACCCACUUCACGUUCAAGAACCUCCACUUCAGGCUGUUUGACGUCGGGGGCCAGCGGUCUGAACGCAAGAAGUGGAUCCACUGCUUUGAGGACGUCACGGCCAUCAUCUUCUGCGUCGCGCUCAGCGGCUACGACCAGGUGCUCCACGAAGAUGAAACCACGAACCGCAUGCACGAGUCUCUUAUGCUCUUCGACUCCAUCUGCAACAACAAGUUCUUCAUCGAUACCUCCAUCAUUCUCUUCCUCAACAAGAAAGAUCUCUUUGGAGAGAAGAUUAAGAAGUCACCUUUGACCAUCUGCUUUCCUGAGUACACAGGCCCCAAUACCUAUGAAGAUGCAGCUGCCUACAUCCAAGCACAAUUUGAAAGCAAAAACCGCUCACCCAACAAGGAAAUCUACUGUCACAUGACUUGUGCCACAGACACGAAUAACAUCCAGGUUGUAUUCGACGCCGUCACCGACAUCAUCAUUGCCAACAACCUCCGGGGCUGCGGCUUGUACUGACCUCUUGUCCUGUAUAGCAACCUAUUUGACUGCUUCCCGGACUCUGUGCUGUUGACGUUGAUCUCCUGGUAGCAUGACCUUUUGGCCUUUGUAAGACACACAGCCUUUCUGUAUCAAGCCCCCCGUCUCACCCCGACCCCAGAGUGACUGACGGCUGUGUAUUUCUGUAGAAUGCUGUAGAAUCUGGUUUUAGUUGAGUCUUUACAUUUAGAAUUUGAAAGGAAAAACAAACAAAAGUAACACUUAUCAUGUGCUUUGUAGCAUAAAAAAAAGGAAAAUAUUACCAUUUCAUGCAUAUUUCCUUUUUUUCCUUUUGAAAUCCACAUGCGCAUCUGCACCCACACCUGUCCCUUCCCGCGUCAAGG